AUGCUCAACUUGGAAAACUCCUUGAUCCUCACAGCCUACAUCAUCAUCUUCCUCACUGGUCUCCCUGCCAACCUCCUGGCGCUGCGGACCUUUGUGGGGCGCGUCCACCAGCCCCACCCUGCACCCAUCCACAUCCUCCUGCUCAGCCUGACGCUGGCGGACCUCCUGCUGCUGCUCCUGCUGCCCUUGAAGAUGAUGGAGGCCGCGUCUGACUUCCUCUGUUACCUGCCUAAGCUAGUCUGUGCCCUCAUGGGUUUUGGCUUCUACAGUAGCAUCUACUGCAGCACGUGGCUCCUGGCAGGCAUCAGCAUCGAGCGCUACCUGGGAGUGGCUUUCCCCGUGAAGUACAAGCUGUCCCGCCGGCCUGUGUAUGGAGUGAUUGCUGCUCUGAUCUCCUGGAUCAUGUCCUUUGGUCACUGCACCACAGUGAUCGUCUUGCAGUACAUGAACUCAACCCAGAGGGCCACAAAUGAGAGUAGCAUAACCUGCUGUGAGAACUUCAACCACGAGCAGCUGGAGGUGGUGCUUCGCCUACGGCUGGAGCUGCUCCUCGUCCUCUUCUUCAUCCCCAUGACGGUCACCAUCUUCUGCUACUGGCGCUUCGUGCAGAUCAUGCUCACCCAGCCCCAUGUGGGGGCCCAGAAGCGGCGCCGAGCUGUGGGGCUGGCUGUGGUGACCCUCCUUAAUUUCCUGCUGUGCUUUGGGCCAUAUAACAUAUCCCACCUGGUGGGGUUCCACAUGAAUGUAAGCCCCAGGUGGCGGGCAGAAGCCUUGGUAUUGAGUUCCCUCAAUGCCGGUCUGGACCCCUUGCUUUUCUAUUUCUCUUCUUCAUUCGUGCGCAGGGCCUUUGGGAAAGGGUUGCAGGCACUGUGGCAUCAGGGCUCCUCCCUGCUGGGAUGCAGAGGCAAAGAGUCAGCAAAAGUGGCGAAUGUGGACAAGGGUGUGAGUCAAAGAGAGGGAGCACCGAGUUCUGACUUCACCACGGACUAA